AGACUAUUCUAAAAUUUCGCAGACUUCAUUGGUGACAUUAUACGCAUUUUAAAUAUUCCAAAACUUGAUCCUACAAGAAUGUGUGUAAGUUUUUUAAGUCACUAAAUAAAAAUGAUAUCCAAUUAGGUGAACGAAGAAUGAAAGGUUUGAACACAUUGGCAUCGUGUGUGUGUUGGCACCCCAUAAGAACGGUGUCGCAAUAGCGAUGUUGUGUCGGCCCUGGGGGCACCAAACAAAACAUGGACGCCGAAAAGGUAAAUACGUCGGAACCACUGGAAAGUGAGGAAAACAUUGUAACUGUCGUAGAAAUAUGUCGAGUAUGUCUGCUCGAGGGAUCAGAAAUGAAAGACCUAUUUGUUGAAACUGAUGUUGCCUCGUUAUCUGCCAAAGCAAUGAGCUUCACCGCAGCGAAGAUGCUACCAGGAGAUGGCUUACCUGCACAUUUGUGUGUUUCUUGCGCUGAAAAAUUAGAAAUGGCCUAUGAAUUCAAGCUGCAAGUAGAGCAAGCGGAUGGUGUUCUGCGAGAAAGAUAUGUGUCUUUGAACCUCAAAGAAGAGUUAUUCUUCAACGAGGUUGAGGUACACUUGGAAACUGAUCAAAAUAGUCAAAAGAAAGAGGAACAGUCAAUCGAAGAUGAGAUUCAACUCAGCACCGAAUCCAGACAUAGUGACUCAGAUGAUGCUGAAGUGGCACCUUCACUCUUGAAAGAUCAUUUGGCACUUUUAGAGGUCGAAAAACUCGCAGAGGCAGAAAGAGCACAUUUAGAAAUGAUUGAGAGUAGCGAACGUCUCCACGAAUCAAUUAGGGAGCAAAUGGCGAUGGAUCCCGGUAUCAUGGUCAUUCAAGAACAUGGCUAUGUAACACAACGCAAAUCAGAUUUGAAAGAAGAAUUGCCAGCAACUGAAGUGUCCGACAACUCAGGGAAUGAAAGCAAUCCACAGAAUAAUGAGAAAAGUGAAGUAUAUGUAAAUGAAGAAAGGGAAGGAGGUAAUUUUGACCAAAGAUUGAUAGACAUUAAACCAGAAGCUUCACCAUGCGAGCAAUCGUUGCAAAUGGAAACGAGAAAAAGUAAACGGAAAUCUGCUCGGAGAGCGCCUAUUCUUGACCAUGACUCGGAUGAGGAUAAUUACUUUGAAAAUCUCAACUUGAGCUCUCGCUUGAAACAGAGUCAGCCAUCCAAAGCCGAGAAGGUUUAUUACAUGUGUUAUAUGUGUGAUAAACAUUUUUUGUCGAAAGGCGUUUUGAAGGAGCACAUGCACUCGCAUGAGGAAGUUAGGAAAGUUAUGUCGCUGGUAAAGGUGCCUGAAAAAACCCAGAAAGUAACUUCGCAAACAAAGCAUUCCCCAUCCGGCAAGCAACCAAACAAAUGUCCGUACUGCGGUAAGGAAUAUCUGUACGUAAUAUCAUACAAUAAACACCUUAAGCAGCACGAAAAUGAGAAAGAAGAUGGAAAAGUGGAUCCGAUGCCGCUGGAAGUGUCAUUUCACGAGGAUGAGAACACGUUGGAUUUUGACAACUAUGAUAACAAUUAUGAUUCAGAUCCCGAUUACAACGAAGAUAGUGAUGAUCAUAAUUGCGAGAAGUGCGAAGAAAGAUUUAACAGCAAAAAGGCACUUGAAAAACACAUGAUCAAACACGAAAUGCUUAAAUGCAGUGUUUGUAAUGAGGAAUUUGAAGAAUUGGAGGUUUUUAAAAAUCACAGAUCUCAACACGUCAUUGAGGGGGUAUUAACAGAAGAUGAUCUGAAAGCUGAAAUCAAACAGGUCGACGAAUUGGAGGAAAGUAUACAUGCAGAUGAGGGAACUUAUGCGUGUAGAAAAACUCGACAUUCGGACAUAAAAGGCUUGCGCUGCCCUAAGUGUCCGAUGGUUUAUUCACACAAAAAGUCUUUAUCAAGACAUCUUGAAACUCACACAGGCACCAAAUACGGAUGUAAAUCAUGCAACCAACAAUUCACGAGAAAAGAUCAUCUGAGGCGACACAUGGAGCAACACGGUAGAAUGAAAUCUUUCAAAUGCACUCAAUGCAACAAAACGUUUGGGAAUGAAUUAACCCUGCGAAAUCAUCUUGUAGCAACAAAUCACAAAACUGUUAUUCGCGGGGAAGAAUAUGAUCCCAAUAAACGAAUAAAACGUAUUGCAGCCAAAGAGGCGCAGAAGAUCAUUGACAGAAUUAAAACUGAAAAUAAUGCUGACGAUAACGAAAGCAGUGAUGAUGGAGAGGAGCUACAAAAAAAGACACCAGAAAAAAAGGAAUACCAAUGUGCAACAUGUAGCAGAAAAUGUGCUUCCAAACAAUCACUGACCAAACAUAUGGAGCUGCAUAUUAAGGAUGAAAAAGUAGGCAAAGUAAAUGACCGCGUGUCUGAUGACGACUCGGACUUUGACGGUGGCUUGGAUUGGCCUAUGGAUACUCACGAAUGUUUGACCUGUAAGAAAAGAUACAGUACAAAAAAAUCGUUGUUGCGACAUCAAUUGCUGCAUGAAGAACCCAACUUUGAGUGCGACAUAUGCAAUGUCAAAUUCUACCGUAAAGAUAAAUUAAAAGCACACUAUGACAAAUGUUCGGAAAAGAAUCCAGACCAAGUAAGAAAGUGCAACAUUUGCGGGGAUAGCUUUGAAAACAAUGACAUGCUGAAGGAGCACAGAACUAAGCACGUUAUGGAAGGCAUUUUGACAGAGGAAGAUUUGAGAGAUAUUGAGCCACAGGCGGAAGAAAGAAAACCUGGAGAAAAAAUAACUAGAAAAAGAAGAACUGACAUUGUUGGACUCGAGUGCACAGAGUGUAAUAAACGAUAUACGUCUAGGAAAGGUUUGCUGCGUCACAUACAGGUCCACGAAGGUAAAAAAUACCUUUGUGAUAUUUGUCCAAAGAAAUUUUAUAGGCGAGAACAUCUCAAGAUACAUGUUGCUAAGCACAAUAUGAUUAAACCAUACAAAUGUGAUCGUUGCACCAAGCGUUUUGCCAAAGAAGACCAGCUGAUAAAUCAUUUGUCUAAACAUGACAGGAACUUCAAGAAAAACAAAGAAACAGACAGCUCGAAAAGAUUUCUGUGCGAAAUCUGUUCAAAAAGCUUCACUCAGUCAACGACUCUAAUCGCUCAUCUCCGGGCACACAAUGGCAUCAAGCCUUACGUUUGCGAAGUAUGCUCCCGACCUUUCACAACAAAUGCUUAUCUCAAGAUGCACAUGAGAACUCAUACGCAAGAGAGACCUUACAUCUGCCAGUACUGUUCACGGGCUUUUGCCAGAGCCGACACAUUGGCAAAUCACCUUACCUCCCAUACAGGGGAAGCAAAAUAUCAUUGUAAAUAUUGUCCGAAAAAUUUCAGGCGAUUAAAAUCACUCAAAGAACACGUAUUCAUCCACACCGGCCAAAGACCGUACGCUUGUCCGACCUGUGAUCGAAGGUUUAACAACAACGGAAGUCGAUAUGCGCACAGCAAGAGGUGCAAGCAAAAUUUAUUACAAAGUCAAAACAGGGCACAAAACUCCACCAACCAAGGAAGAGUUCAGACCAGCAAUCAGGCGCAAACUAUGAAACUGCAGAAUGUGAAAACUAUUACUAUUACCAGACAAGCCGAGACCAUUACGGCACAGCAAGUCAUGCAGCAUCAAGAAAUUUUGAUGCCCUUAAUUUUACCUUUGACCGUUACAUUAGCCGAUGUUGAAGAAGAAGUAAUCCUGCCUGAAGCUACAAAAAUUUUUACAACCACGUAAUCGUCAAGUUUGUUUUAGUAUGACUAUUCAAAUUGUGGACGUUAUUAUUGGUUUUUUUUUUCUCUAUUUGUUGCAUAGACGAACUGGUGAAGUUUGAAAAAUUAUCCUCUAGGAAUGUCAUACAUUUUCCAUGAAAAUGUAGAUCUCCAAUUUUAACUGAUAUUUUUUUUGAACUUGAUGAGCGAUGCAGGUACUCAAAACAAAUACGAAAAUUUUCUUGCCUUCUGCCAAUGACAAAAACAAAUUGAUGGUCAUUUUUAAUCUUACGACUGUUACAAAAAGAUUGAUUUUCAUGAUACUCGUUCAAUUUUUUAAUCAAAUCGUUCAUCUGCUAAACUGAUUUUAAAUCGCAAAGACUGCAAUGCAUAAUGGGACAAUAAAAUAAAAUCAGUAAUCUAUAAAAUUUGUAGAUUACUUGGCAAAGGUGAAGCGAUAGAAUUUGGGUAUGAUUUGAAAGGACAGUAAAUAAGUUUCAAAGCAAUUUAUAUUCUUAAAGAAAGUGCAUGUCACGUUU